AUGGCCUCCUCAUCCACCUCCACCCCCCUCCUCUACUCCUGCAUAUCCUACUCCUCCACCCUCCUAACCGAAUCCUCCACCUCCUCCUCCCCCAACCUCCCCCAACUAGCAACCCUCAUCCUCCCCAAAAUCGACCACUCCACCCCCCAAAAGCUAACCUACACCCACGGAACCUACCACAUCAACUACAUCUCCGAAUCCCCCCUCCCCCUCACGUUCCUCGUGAUCUCCGACUCGUCCUCCGUAUCCCGACGCAUCUCGUUCAACUACCUCACCGCGAUCCGAACUAAAUUCCUCGCCGCCUACCCCCCUCAAUCAACCGACCUCGCCACCCUCCCAAAUUACGGCUGCGCCUCUCUGAACUCUGACCUAAAGAGGCUCAUGAUCGAGUACGGCACCAACAAUGUGAGAGGAGAAGACAACGCCGAGCAGGACGACGCCAUUCGUACCGCCCAGAGGGAGAUCGAGGAUGUGAGGGGCAUCAUGACGAGAAACAUUGAGGGCCUGUUGGAGAGAGGGGAACGCAUCGACCUGCUUGUCGACAAGACUGAUCGCCUGGGCGGGUCAGCAAGGGAGUUUCGCGUGAGGAGCAGGGGGCUGAAGAGGAGGAUGUGGUGGAAGAAUGUGAAGCUGAUGGGGCUGUUGGGGUUGGUUUUAGUGUUGAUUAUUGUGACGGUGGUGGUGAGUGUGAAGAACAAUCUUCCUUAGGGUUAUGCCAUCACACUUUAUUCCUGCACAAGCAAUAUUUUUUGGGUUAUUUUUUUAAAUCGUGUGGGCGGAAGAAGGGGUGAUGGGAAGUUUUGGGUUUGGGAUUGGUUUUGGGAUGGGUAUAAGCAGGCGAACUCAUGGGUUUUAAAUUGUGUUGUCUGAGUUUGGGAAUGUUUUGUUCUAUUAUUUCCUUGCCCGUGGUAUAUUGGCUCUCUUUUAUGAUGUUUGUCCUUUUGCUUAUGAGCUUGGGUUGUACUUGUAUUGUACUGAUAUUAUCUAUACACGCGUCGUUCGUUGCCUUG